GCCAGGUAACAACACAUUUUUGAGCGGCGCAAGCGAGCGAUUUCGAGGCGAUUUCGAGGCGGUACGAAAUCGAAAUCGAGACCAAAACCAAAACCAACCGAAGUGCGCGUCGGGCCUUCGUUGUUAUUUUUUUUUCUUGUUCUUCUGUGCGAGUGAGAGAGAGAGUGAGAGGGAGAUAGAGCGCGCGACAAGGAAGGAGCAGCAGCCUCCGCGACAAGGAGUUGAAUUUAUCACAGUGUGUUAGGACGAGAGGAGAGAUUCGAGACGAAGAAGAAACGAUUCGGAACGAAACGAGACGAGACGAAACGAGUCGAAUCGAAACGAAACGAAACGAGUCGAAUCAGAACAGGACCUUUUUGGGGGCAAUUGGCGCGAGGACGUCGCCGUGGCGAACAGAAACACGCUGGCCGUUGACCGAGUGGCAACGCAGCCCGGAGAAUCGGUUUCGGUUUGGUAUUUGGAUUGGAGAAUUGCUUUUCAAGAGGAGUGUAUCGCAUCGUAUCGUAUUGACUGAGAAUCGGUGGAACUCCUAGAGCAGCUGUUGCAUGCCGUUGUGGCAGACUCAGUGACGCCGCGAGUGCCGUCGCCGCGUCUUGUUUUUGUUGUUUGUUUGUUUGGUGACCCCGACGCGAUCCUCUCGAGUGUGUGACCGAGACAGCAAUAUACGCUCUCUUCCAGAGAACUAUACACUCAAAGAAACAGUGGAACAGAAAGUGAUUGUGGGACGAGUCCCGAGAACGAGGUAUUUCGCAUUCGAGCCAAUGGUGAGGAUGGGCCUGCUCCAGCUCCUGCCGGUGAUCCUGGCCGUGGCCAUCGGAUCCUUAUCCAGAUCCACCUGGGCCGCCGGCAUAUCGGCGAACGAUCCCUGCUACUUCGAGGGCAAGCCGCGCAAGUGCCUGCCAAGUUUCGUGAACGCCGCCUAUGGUAAUCCCGUCCAGGCAUCAAGCGUAUGUGGCGCCCAACAGCCGGAGCGGUAUUGCGAACUCCUCCGCGAUGGAAAUGCCGGCGAGUGUCGAGCAUGCGAACCCCAGCGAUAUGGUCCCUCUUCCCUCACCGAUCUCAAUAAUCCGAGCAAUGUGACCUGCUGGCGAUCGGGGUCGGUGAAUGUGCCCCACGAUCCGGACACUGCGCCGCCGGACAAUGUCACCUUGACCCUCUCGCUGGGCAAGAAGUACGAGCUGACCUACAUAUCGCUCUCCUUCUGCCCCCGCUCGCCACGUCCCGACUCGCUGGCCAUCUUCAAGAGCUCCGACUUCGGCCAGACCUGGCAGCCCUUCCAGUUCUACAGCUCCCAGUGCCAGAAGUUCUACGGUCGUCCGGAUCGGGCCAAGAUCUCCAAGUUCAAUGAGCAGGAGGCGCGUUGCAUCAAUUCACAGCAUGAUACGGGUGGUGCAGCCCAGAGAUUCGCCUUUAACACCCUGGAAGGUCGUCCGUCGGCCAAUGAUCUGGACUCCUCGCUGGUCCUUCAAGAUUGGGUGACGGCCACCGAUAUCCGAGUGGUCUUCCAUCGAUUGGAACUGCCGCCGCAGCUGUUGAAAGUGAAAAACGCAAAUGCCUUCAGCGAUGAGAUGGGCGGCAGUCGGGAGGAGGACGACGACGAGGAUGAUGAAGCGGAUCUGGAGAUGGACGGGGAGCAGGAUGAGUACGACUACAAUCUGCAGGACAACGAUAGUGCCGACACGGGUUACGAUGAGUACGAGGAGCCCAAGAAGCAUCUGGAACUGGAUGAUGAUCAUCUGCAUCUGGACUAUGCCAGUGAUGGAGAGUCCUCGAAUGCCAAGCGACAGGGAAAGCACAAGGGCAGUGCCUAUGAGAAGCACUAUCAGAGCAAACUGGCGGUGACCACACCCCCGCAGCCCAAGGUCACUCCGCCCGGAAAGACCACGCCCCCAGCCAGCACAGCCGCCCCCUCGGCCGCCGCCUCCUCCGUGACCCUGCCUAUUUCGCAGCACUAUGCCGUCUCCGAUUUCGCCGUCGGUGGCAGAUGCAAGUGCAAUGGUCAUGCCUCCGAGUGUGUGGCCACCAUGGCUACGGGAGCAGGAGCAGCAGCAGCAGGAUCAGGAACGGAUCCCGAUGAUGGCCAGGAUGAGGACACGUCCCCCGCCGCCCCCUCGUUGGCCGCCCACUUCGGACGGAGCACCCAGAUGAGCGCCAAGUUGGCCAUGACCUGCGCCUGUAAACACAAUACCGCUGGUCCCGAGUGCGAACGCUGCAAGCCCUUCUAUUUUGACCGCCCCUGGGGCAGGGCCACCGACAACGAUGCCAACGAGUGCAAGAUGUGCCAGUGCAAUGGACACGCCCGUCGCUGCCGAUUCAACCUGGAGUUAUACAAGCUAUCUGGCCGGGUUUCGGGAGGUGUGUGCUACAACUGCCAGCACGAUACUACCGGAAGAUACUGUCACUACUGUCGCGAGGGAUAUUACCGGGAUGCCACUAAGCCGCCAAAUCAUCGCAAAGUCUGCAAGCGUUGCGACUGCCAUCCAGUGGGUUCGACGGGCAAGACGUGCAAUCACCUAAGUGGCCAGUGUCCCUGCAAGGAGGGCGUCACCGGACUGACCUGCAACCGAUGUGCCAGGGGCUACCAGCAGACCCGGUCCCACGUGGCACCCUGCAUCAAAGUGCCCACCAAUGCGAAUAUGAUUCAGGCCGAGAGUGCUGGCGGCGGAGGAAGUGGCACAGGUGAUUACAAGGACGGCGGUGGUUCGCAGGUCGAGGAAAUGAAGAAGUACUGCGGCAAAUGCAAGGCAAGUCCCAAGAAGCUCAACCUCAACAAGUUUUGCAUGGAAGAUUAUGCCAUUUUGGCCAAGGUUAUUGGCCACGAUCGCGCCUCCCAGGACAUCAGCACGGAAAAGUUCUCCAUAGAGCGGCAGAACGAGAUCUACAAGUACGAGAUCAACAUCCAGACGAUCUUCAAGCGGAAUCCCAUGUCGGGCACGACCAGUUCCUUGCUGGGCAGAGGCAAUAUGAUGCUGCUGGUGCCGCGCAAGAGCAUCGAGUGCCAGUGUCCCAAAAUAAAGCUAAACAAAUCGUAUCUCAUCCUCGGACGCGACUCGGAGGCGGCGCCCGGCUACUUGGCCAUCGGACCCAGCUCGGUGGUCCUCGAGUGGAAGGACGAGUGGUCGCUCCGCAUGAAGCGGUUCCAGCGGCGGGCCCGCAAAUGCAGUUGAAUCGAACCGGAAACGGAAUAUGUCAGAGCGGAUUUCAAUUUCACACACUUGGCUAGGUAUCGGUUUUUGUAUAAAUUGUACAGUUUACUCAAGUUUCUGACCUUCUUCGGCAUCAUGCUAUAAAUUAAUUGAAUCGGAGCAACACAAAUCCCCAAAGUAACCCCCCCCCCCAAUCAGCAAUUCCCAACCGGAAGUAACACAUCUAUAUUAUCUCAAUUCCUUCCUAGAAUAUCCUCUUCCGGGGCGGUCUCUAGUCUAUAAAGCGCUUUACACACCAUCAGCGAACCAGUAAACACACAACGUAUACAUAAUACCCAUAAUACCCCCCCCUUUAUGAAACACCAAAUGCUAAUUACAGUUACGUGCCAAUGGGUGGGCGUGGCCGCGUGUGUCCAUAACGGUUGUGCUGGCCAUAAAAAACGGUUAUAAAUUGAAAAUAAGUGCGAAAAAGAGCCGAAACAUCGAGGGAAAACGUCGCGUGUCGCGAUUCUAGAAAGGCAAACAAGCGCAUGUUUUGGGGAAAAUGGUCAAACGGACAAACAGGCCACGUCGUCACAUGAGUGCAGUCAUAAACCAAAAACACGGGCCUUGACCGGAUGACAGCCAUCCACACUUUGCCAAUAGUAGGGGCACUCUACAAGAAUCGAGCUCAAAAUAGUAUUAUUAUUAUCACGUUACCCAAAAAAAUAUUUUUUCAAUUUGUCAUAUUUUCAGUAUAUUUUUAGAACUUUUUUUUAAUGAUUAUAAUUUUUUGUUGUCUUAGGUAUGCAUUUAAUUUUCAUAUCCAUACUUUUGCCAAAAGCAAGGGCACUUUGCGGAAAUCAAGCUUAAAAUAGUAUUAAUACUAUCAUAUAUCCCAAAAAAAUAUAUUUUCAAUUUGAAAGAUUUUCAGUCUUUUUAAGAAAUUUUCAUUUUUGAAACUGGUCGUUUUUAGUAUUUUUUCUGAAUUUCCCUUAAAAAAACUUGUUAUAAUCUACAAUCAACAUCACAUUAUUUAAAUUUUUCAAAUACCUCAAUAGAUUUUCUUUUGGAUUUUAGAUACGGAUUUUCAGAUCCACACUUUUGCCAAUAGUAGGGGCACUUUGCGGAAAUCGACCUCUAAAUAGUAUUUUUAUUAUCAUAAUCUUCCAAAAAUAUCUUUUUAGUUUUUCAAAUAUUCAACCUUUUUUAGCAAUUUUCCUUUCCAAAAAAACCUUGUUGCAAUCUAAAAGCCAUAUUAAAUUUUUUUAAUUUCUUAAGUACAUUUAAAGAUUUUCCUUUGUGUCUUAGAUAUGCCUUUCAGAUCAAUAUAAACUAAAGGUUUUAUCGAUUCAUUAAAGAAACCUGAUAUUUGAAUGGACUCAAAAAAUAGAUUAAUUUUCAAACUAAUCACUGGAAAUCAAAUUAAAAUCUUUUACAAAGCCAAACUUAAAAGCGAAAAUUAGUGUUCAUUGUCUAACUCAUUCAAUGUCGUUAUUAAUUUGUUUUAAAAUUAGUCAUUAUUGUCUGUCUUUGUUUGCUUACUUCAUUAAGAGGUUUUAAAACAAAUAACCUAUAUAACAGGGCGGCUUUGAAUAUCCCUGAAAAUUUUAAACAAAUAUUGAUUCAAUUUUAAAUGUUUGCUAAAAUUCGUUUGAAAUAUUUACCAUUUGCUGGUCUAAUAAUUUGCACUACUUUAUUUGAUCUAGUUUAUUAUAUUCUGCGGGAGGUGUUUGAAUUUUAUUUAUUUGUUUAAUUCACACAUUGAAAAAAUAUUUGCAAGUAUUCAAAACCUUAAUUUCUUGCUAAAAAAAAAGUAAAGUAAUUUUUUUAGUUCUCCCAAAGCUUUUAAGGUGUCAAAGUGACUGUUUUUUAUUUAUAACUGCUCUUCCUGUACUUUUGUCGACCAGUAAAACAUUUCUCAAGAAUUUAUGCAAACAGUUUUUGCAGAUAAUUAUGCACAUGUUUAUUGACAAUCUGCUAGUUGAUUUUUCACGCGCUUUUGCAUACCAAUUUGUUUGAUGGAUGCAUCAAUAAAAAAGAAAUAAAAUCAAGCAGGGCAGCAGCGGCGGCGGCAAAACAGGCAUUUAAAAUGCAUUUAUUUGAAUUUAAUUUUCAAUUUGAAUUAUGCAUGCAAAUUGUGAGCGCAUCGAUUCCCAGCCAGAGUGUCUGAAACCGAAAUCGAAGGCGUUAAGAGUGAAUAUAAAGGUGUUGAGGGCUCGGGGGAACUGGUUGUAACUUGUUUUCGGAGCAUGUGUAGGCCAGGUAACACUUGAAACCCAUCCCGACCAGCUUCUCCGAACAGUGAACUUGGCUUAAAGGGGUUUUCAGAUUUUAUUCAAGCCAUAUAUAUUAAAAUUUCACACAAAAUAUCCUAGUUUUCUAGUUAAUUUGUAUCUAUUAUUAUAAAAAAUACCAAAUUUUAUUUCUUUAUUGGUUAUAUCAAUUUUCUCCUUUAAUGGGUUUUUACUGUUUUGCUCGAUAAACAUCAGAGGCAAACAAAACCAUUAAAACAGCAGACAAUCUGAAACCCGUAACACAAAUUAAACAGCAGCAACAAACAGAGAAAUUAGUCUUAAAUAAGAAUUUUCGAUCAAAAUUCCCAAGUUUCUUCAUUAAUUUAUCAAACUAGAUGUGUUAAAAUUCAAUUUAAAAUUAGUAUAUAAAAAUUAUACAAAAUGUGGUACUCUAAACAUAGAUUUCUGUAUGUGUACCGUGGAAAUGAACUUCGUGGGCCGCACCAAGUGAUAUCCGUGCCCCCCCAAAAAGCCGGCGAUUGCAGUUACAUUUUUUCGAUGUUGCUGCGGAUUAAACAUGUUUCGGGCUCAAAAAUGUAACAUGAUAUAUGACAGCCAAGUGUCGAACUUGAUAAAUGUUUUAAUGAAUUUAUUUUCGUGUUUAUGUGCUGGCUGCCAUCCGGCAACGAGUGACUGAAUCGACUUCUUUGGCUGACUUUCGGUUCGUUUUUAUUUUUUUUUUUUUUUGGUUUCGAUGGCUGCCACGACACCUACUCUCUGGGUCUUUUGUGGAUGUCUGAUUCUGAUGUGCUGUGCUGUCUGCCCCAUCCAUAAAUACACUCAGAUAUUCACAUAUACCCAUGCCCAUUCACAAGUUAUUCAGGUCCGACCGUGACCAUGAUGUAUGAUAAAUCAAAAUGGGGGCAACAUAUGCAGGGACAGUCCGGAGUUGGACAGUUAACAUGCUGCGGCAUUUAAGCCGAGAUUUGUGUUCGCAUUCGCUCUCCGCCCAGGGACGGCAUAAUUAGCUCUGGCUCUUGAAAUGGAUGUGGAUAUGUGGAUCUGGAUCCGUAUCUGUUUCUGUUUCAGUUUCUGGCCAACGCGGCGUAUGAGUCACGAGCACACGUGUGCCCACAGAAAAACGCAGGGACAUUCGGCUGGGAAGCGUGUCCUGGAGCAAAAUAAAUGCAAAAUUGUCAACUUUUAACAGUAUUCAUUUGUGCACAUUUUAAUGCAGGUUGCUGCCCUGCCAAAGGGAUGAUAUCAGCUACUCAAUAGACUUGGCAUUCAAAAGUAAUUGCAUUUUAAUAUGAUUCAAAGCCUUAUUAAUAUUUAUUGGUAUUUUUAUUCUUCAAAAGAUUCGAGUUUAUACAUUCUUUAAUAAAAGAAUAUUAAAAAAAAUAUUUCUGUUAGGUUGGAAAUAUUUCAAACUCUUACAAAACGUUAUUUUCAACUAAGUAAUAAUUCUUUUGACUUAUCAAUGGCUAGGAAUAAUAUUAAAUAUUAAACUAUAUUUUAUCAUGUUCAAAAGUCUUUUAUAAUUUACAUUUCCCAAAUUAAUCAAAUCUAUGGAUUUCCCACUAAACAUACAUGUCAGAAAUAUUUUUAUUAGUUUUAAAAAUGCUAAAUUCUCUUAAAAAGUUAUUUUCAACUAUGUAACAAUUCAAAGACUUGGAGGUCCAUAUAAAUAUAUAUCUUAUCAUGUCUGAAAUCCUUUAAAAAAAUUAUUGGUAUUUUUUUCAUUCUACAUUUUUUAAUCAAUAAUUCUAGACUAACAGCAAGCAAGAAAAAUAUUUCUAUCGACAAUAUUAUAUUUCAAAAAAUAAUUUUCAACCGUGAAAUAAUUCUCUUGACCCUUCAGUGGAUAAGGAUAUUUUAAGCGCGAUUAUAUGCCAUUGUUUCCAAUUUUCGAUCUUAUUAGGGCUGGGUCCCAACCCCUUUUCACCUGAAACCUCCGAAAAUAACGUUAAAUAAAUGCUGACAAAUACAGCAAAAAAGAAAAAUACAAAAAAAAGGAAAAUGAAAUGAGAAAUUCAAUUGUGGCCUCGGUCUCGUCGACUGUGGCCGGCUUCAUGCCUUCAUGCAUAUUUAAAUGAGAUUUUGCGUUAACUGAAUUUUUUCACCGACAUACUCCGGCUGCGUGGGCGGGGGGCGUGGCCAGUGGGCGUGUGGCCCUGAAAAAAAAACACAUAUUAAUUUAUAUAAUGUACGUGUACGCACAGAGAUAUAAAACAUUUAUAUAGAUUUAAAUAAAUUGGGUUCUUCUCAUUUCGUAUUUUCAGUUCUUUCUCUUUUUUUUUGCAAUUUUUGUCGUUCAUUUAACGCACCAGGGGGGCGGUGGGCAGUGGGCGUGGCAGCGGGCGUGUUGUCGCAUAUGUAUUUUAAAUAGGAUGCAGGCCCCAUUAGCAUAUAAAUUGACGCAGCGGCAGUUGAGUGGAUAAAAACGAAAAAACUCUUAACCAAGAGGCUUUACAAAAAAAUAAAAAAAAGGGUUUAUGGCUCGUAACUGUUAACUAGCAUUUGGUCAAAAGUAAAAAAAUAUGCAAAAAUUAAUUGAAAUGCCCACCAAACAUCACACACACACAAGAACACUAACACUAACAGCCCCAAGCUGACAAAUUGACUUCCGUUUCCGCUAAUUCAAAACAAGAACAAACAAGAAAAAAAAUUGAAAUUUCUUCGAAAGAAUGAGCAAGUACUUAAAGAGAAAGAUGCAAACAUAACCAAAUUAGUCAUUAGUUGAUAUGUCAAGCCGUUUAUUUAUUUACACCUUUUUUUCCUAAACCUAAUUAUAAACGAAUACGGAAUAUAUUUAUAAACGAAACGCGAGGAGAUCCAAGAUGUAUUUAUAUGUUAUAGGAGAUCACCUCCCACUUUUGGUUUGCGAAUGCAUUAAGCAUGGCCUACUAAUCACAUAUCCUUCAGCCACACACACACAAAAGUAAACACGAUUAGUUAUUAAAUAAUGUUUUUUUUUUGUCAGACUAAUAUGAGUAUCAUGCGUGUGUGUCCAGAACGAAUUAUUCAUAUGGUAAGCCUAAAAAAAA